UUGUAUACCUUUUUUUCUUCUACUAUAUAUAAAAUAGUGAGGAGCUUCAAGAAAAACAGUUUGAAACAGAGCUAAUGAUUUCAAUGACAUAGGAAAAGUGAAAGGGAGAACUGAAAGUGGGAAAUUCUGCACAAAUAGAAAGGCAGAGGGCCAUCCUGUAUAAAUAGUCCACACUCAUGGAGAAAGGACAUUCACACUGCAAUCUCUUGAAGACCUUGCUUCAGCAUCUAGUAGGAGAGCAGCUACCCUGUUCCUCUUUUCAUCAUGACCAACAGGUACAUCCUCCAAAUCGCUCUCCUGCUGUGUGUCUCCACCACAGCUCUUUCCACGAGCUACAGCUUGCUUGGAGACCAACAAAAGCGCAGCAAUUUGGCCUGUCAGAACCUCCUGCUGCAGCUACCUGGAGCUCCUCAAGAUUGCCUCGAGGACAGGAUGAACUUCGAGGUCCCUGAGGAGAUUAAGGAACCACAGAAGUUCCGGAAGGAAGACGCCAUAUUGGUCAUCUAUGAGAUGCUCCAGCAGAUCUUAGGGAUUUUCAGAAGAAAUGUCUCGCGCACUGGCUGGACUGAGCCCAUUAUUAAGAACCUCCUUGCGGAACUCUGUGGGCAGAGAGAUCGUCUGGAGCCAAUCCUGGAGGAAAUCAUGGAGAAGGAAAACUUCACCAGGGGAUACAUGACUGUUCUUUACCUGAAGAAGUACUACUUGCAGAUCGUGCAGUACUUGAAGUCCAAGGAGUACAGCAGCUGUGCCUGGACUCAAGUGCGAGUGGAGAUCCUCAAGAACUUUUCCUUCCUUAACAGCCUUACAGGCCACCUCCAGAACUGACGAUCUGCAACCUGUGGCUCUGG